CCAAAAUUUAAAGCUAUAUUUUUAAUAUAUGUAAAAUUAUAAAUAUGUCAUUGUUAAAAGCAGAAUGAACGCGUUCAUUGACAAGCACGAUGCGUCCGGCGCGCCAUCUGGUUGCACAUUUUAGUAUUAAAAUUUUGUAUUCGUAGUGCUGAAUGGAGAAUCACAUUUUUUCGUAUUUUUCAUGAACUUAUUCUUCUAAAAUAUUAAAUAAUUUCUUUUAGUGCUGCUGGCGAGUCGGCGAGAUGCACACAGCGAGUGCAGACGGACAGUUCCGCGGCACCAAUGGUUCGAGCCAGGCACGUGACAAGGUCGCCAUAUUGGACGCCGGCUCACAGUAUGGGAAGGUAAUAGAUCGCAGAAUACGCGAGCUAUGCGUCGAGUCGGACAUACUGCCGCUGGACACGCCCGCGUACCACUUGAAGGAAAACGGCUACAGAGCGAUCAUCAUCUCUGGUGGACCGAACUCAGUGUACGCAGAGGACGCGCCCAGAUACGACGCGGAUAUAUUCAAGAUCGGGUUGCCGGUACUAGGAAUAUGCUACGGCAUGCAGAUGUUGAACAAGGAGUUCGGCGGCUCGGUGCUCCGCAAGGAGGCGAGGGAGGACGGACAGUACGAGGUGGAAGUCGAGACCACCUGUCCCCUUUUCAAUCGCCUAGAGAAACUGCAGCCGGUGCUGCUGACCCACGGCGACAGCGUGCAGAAAGUGGGCGAGAGGUUCCGCGUGGGGGCGCAGUCCUCGAACCACCUCAUCGCCGCCAUCUACAACGAGCAGAUGCGCCUCUACGGCGUGCAGUUCCACCCGGAGGUGGAUCUAACGCCGAAGGGCAAGCAGAUGCUGUCUAACUUCCUGUUCGACAUCGCGGGGCUGUCGCGCUCGUUCACGCUGCGCUCGCGUCGCGAGGCCUGCAUACAGUACAUACGCGACACCGUCGGCGAGACCAACAAAGUGCUCGUUUUGGUGAGCGGUGGCGUUGAUUCCACAGUCUGUGCAGCUUUACUACGGACCGCGCUUCGUGAAGACCAAGUUAUCGCUUUGCACAUUGACAAUGGUUUCAUGCGCAAAAACGAGAGUGCUAAAGUAGAGAGGUGUCUCCGUGAGCUAGGUGUCCGUCUUCACGUCGUUAAUGCAACCCACCAGUUCCGUCAGGGCAGCACGGUGGUGCGCGAGAGCGGGCCGCCGGGCGUGCCGACGGGCCGCAGCCGCCACACGCCGCUGCUGUGCCACGCCACCGCGCCCGAGGACAAGCGCAAGAUCAUCGGCGACGUGUUUAUACGCGUCGCGGAGCAGGCCGUCCACGACCUCAAUCUGCCAGAAGAGCAAGUAUUCCUGGGCCAGGGCACGCUGCGGCCGGACUUGAUCGAGUCUGCGUCGGCGAUGUGUUCGUCGAACGCGUCCAACAUCAAGACGCACCACAACGACACCGAGCUCGUGCGGGCGCUGCGCACGCGCGGCCGUGUCGUGGAGCCGCUCAAGGACUUCCACAAGGAUGAGGUGCGGGCGCUAGGUAUGGAGCUGGGCCUCCCGCCGGCCAUGGUGGAGCGGCAUCCAUUCCCGGGGCCCGGGCUCGCGGUCAGAGUCAUCUGCCAGGACGAGCCGUACAUGGAGAGGGACUUUGCCGAGACACAGGUGAUAGUGAAGAUAAUGGUGGAGUUCGCGUCGAUGUGCGUGAAGUCGCACGCGCUGCUGGGCCGCGUGGUGAACGCGAGCACUCCCACCGAGCAGGCGGAACUCAAGCGCAUCUCCAGCAAGUCGCCCGUCGCCGCUACGCUGCUGCCACUUAGGACCGUCGGCGUGCAGGGUGACGCGCGGACGUACAGUUACGCGGUGGCGCUAUCGACGGAGCGCUACCCGCCCGACUGGAAGGACAUGCACUACCUCGCCAAACUCAUCCCGCGCGUCUGUCAUAAUGUUAACAGGGUAUGCUACGCGUUCGGCGGUCUGAUCAAGGAGCAAGUGACGGACAUCACGCCAACGUUCCUCACACAACACGUCAUCUCUACCAUACGCCAGGCCGACGACAUUGCUACACAGGUGUUGCUGUCGAGCGGGUGCGGGCGGCUGGUGGCGCAGAUGCCGGUGGUGCUGAUCCCGAUCCAGUUCGACCGCGACGCGGCCGUGCGCGCGGCGCCGUGCCAGCGCUCGGUGGUGCUGCGCCCCUUCCUCACCUCCGACUUCAUGACGGGACUCGCCGCGCUGCCAGGCACUGAGGCCAUGCCGCAGGAGGUGUUAGACAGAAUGCGAAAGGAACUGAUGAGCGUGCCCGGUAUAUCGCGCGUGCUAUACGACCUAACGCCGAAGCCGCCCGCGACCACCGAGUGGGAAUGAUGGGCGCCAACAACACACUUUUAUACAUUUUUUUACUGAACAACGCACUCAGGGGGCAGUGGUUGCAGUUACAUUGUUGAUUGUUCUACUUGAAGUCUCGCAUACGAAUUGCAGAGAACAUGCGAAGGAUCGUUCCUACAGACCAUGCCAUCCUCUAGUAUUGGGAAAUAAUAGUUUUGAUCGUCAUACUAUACGAAUGACGCCGCCGGUUCAUGCAGCGCGCCGUACUGUGGACGACUACAUGGGACAUUUUGUUUUUAUUAUUGACUGUUACUUGUAAGUGCCUAGAUGAGUAGACGAUCUCGUUUAUCGAUGUUUCUAUAUGCAAUAUUGUGUAAUCUCUGCACAAAAUGUCAAUUUCCGAGAUCGCACGUAACUACUCUCAACAAGAUUCUGUGACGGGUGGCCGCGCCCGCAUGAUGUAUCCCAUUUUGUAAUUUAAUGAAUUUUUGUGUUAUGAAAAUUGUUGUUAUAAUUUUAUUGACCUGAGCAAUGAUGCUAUAUCAAUUUUGUUAUGUCAAAGGUGGCAAUAACCAGACCACUGCCCAGCAUUGAUGAAGUUUUUGUAAAUACAUUGGUGUCACAUGUUAACAAUAGCUCCACUGAUCAGUUUUGUAACGUAGUAAUUUAUUAUCAAAGGCUGUGUAAAGAAAUUUAAAAGCCCAUGAUUGUUCUGCGCGACAAGGUUGUUAUAAAUAAAUCUUGUAUGAAAUCGAAGACACAUUGUGUUUAUGGAAUGGUUCAGUGUUAUUGACUGGAAGUUUCAUAAUAAAAAUUAUAUUAUGCUUUA